UGCUGCUUGAAUUCGUGUGGCAAGAGUGGUGGUCCUUUAUAAAAUUCGAGACCCGAUUUUGUGGGCGUCAUCACACUUAUUUGGCCACUGUCCCACGGUGCAUUUAUUUAUUUUAUAUUCGGUUUUUAAAAUAUUGGGCCGUCGCAAAUCUUUGGUCAUUUCCAAUAUUGCCAUGUCCGUUGCAACCUACAACAGCAGCAGCUCGGUGGCCUUCCCGGUGCACUUUUCGACGUCGACGAUUUCCCCCAAGAACGCCUCGAGCACGCCCAUGAUGAUGCGCCACCCCAACUCCAGCUCCUCCAGCGCGGCCGUCCGCCCUGGCUUCCGCGGCAAGUGCCGCUACAAGAGCGGCCGCUGCCCCAACGAGCGCACGCUCAAGUUCAACGGCGAAGUCCACACAAUGUGCGAAGAGCACCGCAUUCGCCACAACAACAACCAGCGCAAGUCCGACAUGAAGCGCCGGGUCAAGAAGCAUCCCGAGCCCGCGACGCACUCGUUUGUCCUGCAAAAGCGUGAAGUGCAAAAGGCGCUGCCCGGCUUGCACUCGCCCAAGACCCCGACGAGCGCGUGCGAAGUACGCGACGCGACGACGCCCGAGCGCUUCUCGCCCAUGCACGUGCCGUGCACUGACUUUGAGCUCGAGACGUCGCGGACGAUGUCGACCGAAGUCGUGCUUUCGAUGGAAGAGCUCGAGAUCCUCCACUCGAUCCUUGGCCUUGACGACGAAGAGCUCGCGCUUUAAGCCCCCCCGCCCAUAAUUUAACCCCGUACGAUAGCUUCUUAUAAAAUACCCCAAGUUUUAAUUUCAAUUUACGCGUCCACCAACUGAAUUCUCGCAACCACGGAAGCCAUCCAAGCCACGUCGUUCGGACCGACACCAGUCCACCGUCGACACGACGAGCAGCACCCACGACCCAGGAGCUUUAUAUAUUUUCCGACCGUUGUAUAUUUGCGUGGCACCAACAUCCAUUCGCAAACAUCCAAGAGGAGCGAAAGGGCAUUUCUCUUCCGUUGCGCGUGCAAUGCAACGGCGGCCCGCCACGUCAUGGUGCCGGCGACCAUGCGGUCGCGUGCAGUGAUACGCGCGCAACUGCCGCCGAAGGGACGCAGCCGCCAAGCCUCGCGAACGAGUGUACGUACAGCUGCGCCCAGCUCCAAGAACACCACCCGCGCGCUGUCGGAAGAAAAAAGAACGGUGCUAACUCACCAAGUGGUUGCUAUCAUUCACAUCUAGUAAAAUCGUACUCGGCCAAGUUGAAGUCGUCGACAUUCUUGGG